UCUUUGCCUCCCUGUCUCUCCCAAUCUCUCUCAUCAAUUAAUCCUCUCCCUUCUUCACCUGUUGUGGUAAGUGAAAAAAGUUCAUGGUUCAUCUCUCACUCUCCCACAUUGUUCUUUCACAUUUCAGGUCUCCACUUUACCACACUCCCGAAAGGUAAAAAUGACAACUUUCCCAAAAUUUACAGCCCAUAAUAGAAUAUAGUGCAGUGUAAGUGCUCUGCCAAAUUCUUUGUUUUUACUGCCAUCAUCAUUCUCAUCUUAGCACUGGUUAAAAAAUGUCAGCUUUUGUGCUUCAACAAGUGCUAAUAAAGCUCUGAGAAAAAUCAAAAGAGAAAGAAACAUUUGCAGACUGGAAUCUACCCUCUCUUUUAAGAAGGCUCAUUAUUAUUCUAAUACCUUUCUUGGCUCAAUAUAAAACCACCUAUUCACAGCUGUCUGCUAUACUUAAAUCAGUAACUGCUGCCACUCCUCCCUCCUCUACUUAUAAGUGCGUCUUAUUCUAUGCGUGCGUGCAAAUCUAGGCAUUGGUCAAAAAGGUGAUAUAUAUUUUUCCCAUAUAUGAAUAAGGGUGGUAUACUUGAAAUUUUGAGAAAUGGGUUUCUGGGGCUUUUGAAUUUUGAAGCAAGGAAAUGGUGGGUAAGAGUAAAAAGCACUACUUUUUUUAUUUGUUGAGGGAAGGCAGGAAAGUUUGGGUCUCUUUGGCGUUCUACUCUGGCGUUUUUGGGGUUCGAGUAGCGGGGGAGGAGAGGGGUUUUGGAAGCUGAAAUGUGGUUUGGUAAUGCGUGGAACUUAGCUGAUGAAUAAUCCUUUUGUAGUUAACUAGGGAUUUUGAGAGAAUUGUACUAAACCCAAAAAGGGAUUUGGUUAGAGUUUCUUGGUUUCUCAGUGGGGUUGAGCAUCUUGCAAUGUGGUUGUAAUGGAUGGUAUUCAACCUUAAAUUUGGUGAAUUCUUGACUAUCUGGGAGCAUAGGAACAGAGGCAAGUGUUACAAGUUAGAAGAAGUACCUCAUUCAAUGUCAGGGGCGCCAAGGAUGAGGCCAAUGAGCGUGGGAGAUUCAGAAGGGAGGUCUGUCCUAGUACCAGGUGGGAACAAGGCACAGCGGUCACUUAGGGUGAAAAAGCCUGUCACUAAGGCUUGGGGAAAGGCAGAAAAGUCAACUGACGAAGUUGAGGUCGUGGAAGAUAAAAAUGGCCCUUCAUCACCAACUUCUGUUACUGAUUUAUCGCCUCCCUUGAAUUCUACACGCUUUCCUUCAAUACUUCGUAGACAGGAUUCAUUGUUGCACUCUAGUUUAUCACUCAGUGCUUCAUGCUCUUCUGAUGCUUCUACAGAUUCAUUUCAUAGUCGGGCAUCAACCGGUAGAAUUUAUAGAACAAGAAUUAUUGCGAAUAGGAAAAAGCACUCGGCAUCAAAGGCAAAAAUAGUUGGUCCAAAUGGUGUUUCAGGAUCAACAUCUGAUGGUUUGCCGGCCAAGAGAACUUGUGCCUGGGUGACACCUACUACUGAUCCAGCAUAUGCUACUUUUCAUGACGAAGAAUGGGGGGUUCCAGUUCAUGAUGACAAGAGACUGUUCGAGCUCCUUGUUCUUUGUGGAGCCUUAUCUGAACUUACAUGGCCUUCUAUCCUCAGUAGAAGGCAGAUAUUUAGGGAAGUAUUUGCAGAUUUUGAUCCCACUGUGGUUGCAAAGUUGAAUGAAAAGAAAAUAAUAGCACCUGGAAGCACUGCAAGUUCGCUACUAUCAGAGCUUAGAUUGCGAGCCAUAAUUGAAAAUGCUCGUCAAAUAUCCAAGGUCAUAGAUGAAUUUGGGUCAUUUGACAAGUAUAUCUGGAGCUUUGUGAACCACAAGCCUUUGGUUAGCAGAUUCCGCUAUCCUCGCCAGAUUCCGGUGAAGACCCCAAAAGCUGAUGUUAUCAGCAAAGACCUAAUGAGAAGAGGUUUUAGGUGUGUGGGGCCAACGGUCGUCUACUCAUUUAUGCAGGUUGCUGGUUUAACAAAUGACCAUCUUGUUAGUUGCUUCAGAUUCCAGGACUGCAUGACUCCUGAAGGAAAAGCAGAAGCUAGCGUUGAGGAUAUUGCCCAGCAGAAGAAAGUCAACGAAAUCAUCAAAUCCGAGUUAUGUGUAUCAAUGGACGAGUUGAGUAUUUCAUCCGAAUGACCUGGUUUAUCUACUUUGGGGCAGGCAAUGAUAAUGUUACUUCUUCUGUAACACCUCUAUCAACUGCUAUUCAGCCAUAAUUUCAUAUAUAUAGCAGUUAGCUGCAAAGAUGGUUGUGUAUAUAGAAUUUAUGCAUCAAGAAUUUCCUAGAUUGGGGACCAUGAGUAAUCAACUGAUAUCUCAAUUUAGAAUCCCUUGUAUAGUAGAAAAGCUAGUGUUGUGAUUCUACUCUUCUCAAAAUCUAAUCCAGAUUAUAAG